AUGCCCGAAGUCACGGUACUGGUCCCACUACAGCCCCCACACGGGUGCGAACUUUGCCUCCCCAUACCACGCAAUUACAUUGACCACGCCGGUCUUGUAAAGCACCUAAAGCGUGAGCAUGGAGCUACUCUUUACUUCGAAUGUAGGGUAUGCGGAUUAGUUCUCGACAAGCUCAAGACACUAAAAGCACAUCAACUUAAAGCCAUCAACUGCCGCACCUGCAUCGAGUCACAGCCCCCGCCUGAGCCAGUACCCAAGGAUAGGAAAAUCAUCCGAAUCCCAACCAGGCCGAGGAAAACCUAUGUUAGGAGGACAAAGCGUAACGACACCACCUCAGCGGACAGCGACGAGGACAACACUCCAACUACACCAGCACCCCGUGCUACAAAUAGGAGAGUAAGAACCUCCAGACGUCGGACUUCUAACAGCCAAGAGGAACCACAACUCGCCUCUACCCAACCUGCUAGCACUAGUCACGAAACAGCCCGACAAUGCACGAGCGUCCCUCCUAGCACGUUGGAACCAACCACCCAAACCGCUGUACCACAGGUGAGUUCCACCCCACAAGCUUCUAUAUCUUCUCAAUUAGAUAUUAAUAGCCCACCAGAGACUCAAGCACCACUCCAAGCGACCUCGCCAAUCCAACCUACGCCGGAUCUUGACAACAACAUAGUCCCAGAUAACCUCGAAGUAGCCAGCACCUCUCCGGCCUCUCACCAAGUGCAGAGAGACAACGACACGACGAGACUACAACCCACCGACUAUGCUAACUCCCCACACUCAUGUGGGUCCUAUCCUUCCUUUCUCCCUACAGCCCACAAGCCAGCCGACGACAACCCGCUAGUGGCCGCAUUUUCUCCUGCCGAAGUCAGCACAAGGCUCCAACGAAGCCACAACACGGUGCCCGGACCGGAUGGCCUCAGGUACCAUCAUUGGCUCAGGACCGAUCCAAAGGGUAUCAUCUUGUGUAGCGCUUUCAACGCCGCUCUUCGACUCCUACACAUCCCCUCCAACUGGAGGCACUCUAACACAAUUCUUAUUCACAAGCGUGGCGACCAACAUCAAAUCGACAAUUGGAGACCAAUUGCGCUCUCCAACACCUUCGGCAAAACCUUCUCGGCGUGCCUUGCCAGCAGAUUCCUGUCGUGGUGUACCACCAACAACAUCUUCUCUGGCGCCCAAAAAGGCUUCCUUCGCCAUGAGGGGUGCCUCGAUCACAGUUUUCUUUUACAGACUAUUAUCCAAGAUGCAAGAAGAACGCGAAGCAAUUGCCACAUUGCUUGGCUCGAUUUGGCCAACGCAUUUGGUUCCGUUCCGCAUGACACCAUCCUUGCCUGCCUCCACUGGUGCGGACUUCACCCCGACAGCGUAAACGUCAUUCGUGAACUGCUAAGAGACAACUUUACCAGCAUCCGCGCCCACGACAGCUUGACGGAGAGCAUCCCCAUAAAUUCUGGAGUUUGUCAGGGCUGUCCCCUCAGCCCCCUCCUGUUCAACGUGGUGGUUGAAACAGCGAUCAGAAGCGUCACCGAAUUACAUCACGGCUACAAACUCCAUGGUGAAGAAAUCAACAUCUUAGCAUACGCAGACGACCUUGUACUGAUCAGCUCAACACCAGACGGGCUGCAACAACAGCUAGACCGGCUUACAGAUUGGGCCAAAUGGGCAGGACUCAACUUCAAACCAGGUAAGUGUGCCACAUUAUCUGUCCUAGGUGAAAGGCACACCACCAGUGAUGACACCUUCACGCUCGACGGGCAACAACUUCCCAACCUCCAACGGGACGAAUCCUACACUUACCUGGGCAUCCCCACCGGCUUUUCUAACAAACACACCAAUGACAGUGUGAUCUCCAACCUGAUUGAAGACAUCUCUAAGCUGGACCGCGCCAAACUUGCCCCCUGGCAAAAGUUUGAUGCGCUGAACACCAUCCUGUUGCCCAAAUUGACUUUUCAUCUACUUUUAGGCACCAACCCAAAAAAGAGACUUCACGACCUCGACCGCCACAUAAAAAAGUGUGCUAAACGAUGGCUUAACCUGCCGCAGCGGGCAAGUCCUGAGCUCAUCCACCUGCCCUACGACCGAGGCGGCACCAACAUCACGCCCUGUAGCAGUCUUGCGGACAUCUGUCAACUUACACACGCUGCCCACCUCUUCGACUCCAGGGACCCGACGGUCACCACCAUUGCUCUAGGUACACUACGAAACGUAGUAAGACAUCGCAUCCGUAGAGUGCCAACGGACGAAGACAUCAGAGCAUUCCUCGAUGGAUCCAUGGAAGGAGACAUAGGCCUACCAUCAAAAGAUAUCACCUCUUCUUGGGCCAGACUGCGUGCCGCCACAAGACGCUUGCGCAAAACCAUUGACAUCUCGUGGCACUACACGGGCACUUCGUUCGUCCUGACCACUGGUGGAAACAUCAUCCCACGUCACGCCUGUACCAAAGUUCUAAUGGCCAUGGUGAAAUCUGCCACCCUCCACCAGCUACUGCAGAAACCGGAUCAGGGUAAGUCAUUCCAUCUCAUUGCAGGUCACCCCACCAGCAACCACUUCCUUAGAGACGGGCUGUACACUUCAUUUGCGGACUGGCGAUUUGUACAUCGAGCCCGUCUCAGUGUGGUCCCGCUCAACGGCCUACGGCGCUUUGGCAACAUGUCAAAGAAAUGUCGCCAGUGCAGUCACUCCAAUGAGACACUUGCGCACGUCCUAAAUCACUGUGGCCCUAACCUACGGCUAGCCACACAACGCCACAACUCUGUCCUCAACCGCUUAUUCCACGCCAUCAACAACCAGGACUUAAAAAUCUACUGUAAUCAGAAUAUCCCAGGGUUCGACGACCGCUGCCAUCCCGACCUAGUCACCAUCUGCGAGAGGACUAAGACUGCCACAAUCAUCGAUGUGGCCGUCCCCUUCGAAAACGGACAGAACGCGUUCAACGUAGCCAGGGACAUGAAAAUAAGCAAGUAUUCUGCCCUUACUCAACAUCUACGUCAACAGGGUUACGAUAUUUAUUGCGAUGCUUUCAUCAUGGGCUCCCUUGGUGGAUUCGACCCGGCCAACAUCUCUGUCAUUCAGCGUCUCGGCAUAAGCCGUAAGUAUGCCAAAAUGAUGACCAAAUUAAUGGUCAGUGACUGCAUAAGGUGGAGUCGCGAAAUAUACUGUAACCACCUAAGAUACGGCCGCCGCAACCACUAA